GUAAAGAAGAAACAGAAAGCUCUUCCAUCUGCUGGUUCACUCCCCAAAUGGCCACAAUGGCCAGAGCUGACUAAUCAGGAGCUAGGAACCUCUUCAGUCUGCCAUGAGGGAACAAGGUUCCAAGACGUCGGGUCAUCCUCCAUUGCUUUUCCAGGUUUUAAGCAGGGAGCUGGAUUGGAAGUGGAGCAACCGGGACAUGAACUAGUGCUCGUAUAGGAUGUUGGCACUUUUAGGUACAAGAUUAACCAGUUGAGCCAUAGCACCAGAUUCCCCACCCUCCCUUUUUGUCAUUUUAUUAUUUAUUUUUAUUGGAAAGGCUGAUGAGAUUUAUGGGGAGAAGGAGAGACAGAUCUUCUAUCUGCUGGUUCACUCAAGUAAGUAAAAAGUAAUUUUUAAACAAUUUUAAUAACUGAUAGUUUUUUGAGAAACAAAUGUAUUCUGAAGUAUUUGAUACAAAUUUUCCUCAAUUACAUUUAACACAGAUUUUGUCAUGAUUGCAUGAAGGAUCUGCUAAAGUGGUCACUUGUUAAGAGACCUGAAUCUGUUGGCUCAGUAGUGUACAGUUGCACUGUUUUAAGAUUUUACUGUGUUUUUUUGUUUGUUUGUUUGCUUUCAUUGCUGCUUCAACACUAGAAUCGCCUCCCUUGUUUGGCAAAUACACAAUUGUGUGUCUGUGCUGGAGUGGAAAAAAAAAAAUCUAAUGUUUCUCUCUCUGUUUUUGUCACCUCCCCCUCUUAAUCUGAUUUUCAAACAAAAGUAAAUAAAUAAAAACGUUAAAGAGAUUAGAAUUAACACCAGCGUUUUUCUGUCAUGCUGUUGUGUCAGGAUCUGAGUGUCACAGAGCAGGAGCCGCUGACCUGGGCAUAGCUUUGACCAUGGUACCAGCUACCUGCUUUCCCUCGUUCCCAAGUUAACCACUAACUAUCAAUGAAAUCAUUCUACUUAGGGAUACCAAAAACAGUUUCAGUGUUUGCCUGAUGGACUGAGUCACUCUUUAAGAUGCUGCCAAGGUCAGACAUUAGGCUGUGCAGUCUUCUAGGUAAUAAUAACAAGCUUGACUAAACUGCAGCAGAACAGACUGCAAAUGCCUUGAUCACUGUGUAUAAACUCCUAGCUCUUAGUUCAGUGUUCCCAGCAAGCAGAUGUUAAGUAAAAGUUUAUUUGGUUUUUAUCUUCAAAGAAUAAAAUAGUAAAAUGAUCUUUAGACCACCUCAGUAUUUGUGUUAGGUUUUUAGACUUGAUCUUAGCCAAAAGGCUGAGAAGAGAUGUAUGUUAGGUUUUUUAAUCCUGACUGCUUCUAGUAUACAUAUUUUUUUUUUAAAAAUUAUUUAUUUAUUUGAAAGACAAAGUUACAGAAGCAGAGAGAUGAGAAGAUAGAGGGCUGUUCUUCCAUUUGGCUGAUUCACUUCCCAAAUGGCCACCAAGAGCCAGGGCUGGGCCAGACCAAAGCCAGGAGUGUGGAACUCCAUCAGGGUCUCUCAUGUGGGUGGCAGAGGCCCAACUAUUUGAGCCAGCUUCUUCUGUUUUCUCAGCUCAUUAGCGGGAAGCUAGAUGGGAAGUGCAGCAGCUGGGACUUGAACCAGUGCCUGUAUGUGAUGCCAGCACUGUAGACAGCAGCUUUACUGGCUCCACCAUUGUGUCAACUCCUGGUAUACACUUUUCUUAGCAAGGAAGAAAAGUAAAAAAUGGUGACAUAGAGGCUUUAAAAUUGGACAAAGAGGAGGCUGUUUUUUUCAUUAAGAGAAAUAAGGAAGUCAGGAGGAAGGAGAUUAGGUUUCUUCUGUGAUAAAUCGAAGCACUUUGGUGUCAUGGCCUUUAAUUUUUCUGCCCUACACGUUAAGCAGGUUGUGUCAUUCACUAGAUAGCUUACAUUAGUUUGAAAAGAACAAUCCCUCCCACUGGACCUUGACCCAGCAAAAACAACUAUUGCCUAACUCAACUUGUCAUAGUUAGUAGAACACCUGUAUAACAAAUCUUUUCUUUUGUAAAAGUGGUUUUGUAUAUAUGCAUUUUUAAGUUGUAAAAAUGAAUGGAAAACUUUUUAUGACCCUGCUCUUGUUGUUUGUGCCACUGGGAGAGGCACGGAAAUCGUUUCUCAGUUUUCGGAAUACAGGACAGGCUGCAACACUAGUUUUCAUGGAGCCUGAAGAAACCAUCGUUGUGAAGUCGAGUUACACAGGUAACUACAGCUACGUCAUGGUGCAAUUAGAAGAUCCCAAAGUGCUGCAAGUGGUGAAUGUGACCAAGACCCCAUCAGAUGCCACAGAUUUUACCAUAAACCUGGUGACAGGUGAAGAAGGAGAGACAAAUCUGACUAUUCAGCUCUGGGAUUCUGAAGGUAGGCAAGGAAAACUCCUUAAAGAGAUAAAGGAUGUCAGAGUCAAGGUGCAGAAACCAAGACAAGACAGUCCUUUCCAAGAGUCAUGGCUUAUUGACAGAAAUAUCCUAAUGCUUCUUUUACCAAUGAUAUUGUUAAACAAAUGUGCCUUUGGCUGCAAGAUUGAACUACAGGUGUUUUACACGGUAUGGAAGAGACCUUUGCCAAUAAUUCUUGGAAUAGUAACACAGUUUUUUCUUAUGCCAUUUUGUGGAUUUCUUUUGUCCCAGAUUUUAGCUUUGCCUUUGGUGCAAGCUUUUGGCUUCAUUAUGACCUGCACAUGCCCAGGAGGAGGUGGAGGUUAUCUCUUUGCUCUGCUUCUAGAAGGAGAUGUCACUUUGGCUAUUUUAAUGACAUGCAUAUCAACAUCAUUAGCCCUGAUAAUGAUGCCUAUCAAUUCUUAUAUAUAUAGCAGGCUAUUAGGACUGUCAGGAAUAUUUCGUGUUCCCGUUUCUAAAAUUGUGUCAACACUCCUUUUCAUACUGCUACCAAUAUCAGUUGGCAUAGUCAUCAAGUACAAAGUACCUGAGAAAGCAAAGUUUUUAGAAAGAAUAGUUAGACCUUUGAGUUUCAGUUUAAUGUUUGCAGGGAUUUAUUUGACUUUCAGAAUGGGAUUUGUAUUUCUAAAAACAGUUAACCUAGAGGUGCUCCUACUGGGUCUCUUAGUUCCUGCUUUGGGUUUACUGUUUGGGUAUUCCUUUGCUAAAGUCUGUAUGCUGCCUCUUCCUGUUUGUAAAACUGUUGCUAUUGAGAGCGGGAUGUUAAAUAGCUUGUUAGCCCUUGCCAUUAUUCAGCUGUCUUUCUCACAGUUCAGGGCGGACUUGGCGUCUGUGGCUCCUUUUACAGUAGCCCUGUGUUCUGCUUGUGAAAUGCUACUGAUACUUCUGAUCUACAAGGCUAAGAAAAGAUUUAUCCUUACUGCAGAAAUUAAAAGACAAAAAAUCCCCCAUGUCUAACAAAGCAGUGCUAAGCUCCUACACUGAGUUGCAUACUGUGGGAGAUCCAAAUAGUCAAAAUGAUGCUGUUCUCAAAGCUACUUAUUAUCUAGUUAAAAAUGUAAAAUGUAAAA